CGGCGGGUGUGAGACACACCCCUUCACAGCUGGGAGUGAAAUCGCAGCGCCGUCCGCCGUCCCUCUCAGUCACUCGGCGAAUGCGCUGCCUGCCGGGAGAUGGGCGCGCGCGCUGAGCUCUGCUGAGGAGACGGACGGCAACUCUCGAGCCGAGCAGACGAGUGGACCGCUGGCCGCCAUGAAGAACACGACUUUCCGCCGGUUCAGUAAAGUGAGCCGCAGGGCCGAGGACGAGGCCGACGAUGGAGACAAGGCGGCGGUGCAGGGCGUCUACACGAGCCGCCGGAGUGACUUUCAGUCGCCCGCUCUGGAGUUGCAGUGUGGACGCCCGGGCGACGUGUACAACUACAAGAGCCUGGCGUACUCCGGGGGGACGCUGCCGAGGAGCUUCAAAAACCAAGUGCCGCCUCUCAAGUGGAAGCCCCUGACUCAGGCCACCGAGCCACAGAGGAAAAUCCUCAUCUUGGAGAAGGCAGAGGGCGAGACGUUUGGCUUUGAAAUUCAGACGUAUGGCGUGCACCACCAGAAUGACAACGCUGUGGAGAUGUGCACCUUCGUGUGUCGAGUCCACGAGAACAGCCCUGCCCUCACCGCCGGGCUCAAAGUUGGUGACACCAUCGCAUACGUCAAUGACGCCAACGUGGAGGGCUUCCGUCACAGGGAGAUCGUGGAGCUCAUCAGGUCCUCUGGCAACACAAUCAGGCUGGAGACCGUCUACAGCGCCUCGAUCCGAAAAGCCGAGCUGCAGACGAGGCUGCAGUACCUGAAGCAAACUCUGCACGAGAAGUGGGACGAGUACCGAUCUCUGAUGAUCCAGGAGCAGAGGCUGGUGCGCGGCAUCGUCAUGACCGACCCGACCCUCUACGACACCCUCGAGUCGGUGCGCGCCUGCAUCUACGGCACGGUGGGCGGCUCGGCGCGGAGCCUGAGCAGCACGAGCAGCACGGCGGACGAACUGGACGAGCCGCUCUACCAGAGCUGCGUGUUCGACGGCCUCAAGGACUCCGCCGAGGCGCUGCCAACGCCCUCCUCUUCCUCUUCCUCGUCCUCGUCCCCGGCCCGCGACCUCCUGGCGCCCCCCAAGUGCACCCUGACUCGCAGCGCCAGCACGCGGAGCUACCAGAACGGCGGCGCGGCGCGCUCGUGGGACCGGACGGCCGGGCACGGAGUGGGCAUGGGCACGGGCACUGGCAGCAGCAGCUACGGCUCCUUACCGAGGAAGACCAAGCAGAAGAGCCUGCGGAAGCGCCUGCUGAAGUUCAUCCCCGGACUGAACCGCUCACUGGAGGAGGAGGAGAGCAAGCUGUAACCCCCCGCGACAGUGGCGGCCUGGAUUAACUUAUUUAUUUAUUCGACAUUUUGUACAGAUUUGGAUUUGGAUUUGGAUUUUAACGGGCAGGUGCAGCUGAGCGCCUCUUCAGAUUCCGUUUUUUAUUUUUUAUUUUUUGUUGUUUUUUUUAAUUUAAACCCCGAACUGGACUCGGAGGACGGACGUGGCCGCCAGACGGUCCUCCGUUAUUCUCUUUAUGCGCAGCCUCGGUGAAGCCCGGGGGGGUGGAGGACCCCGAACCGCCCAGAUUUGGCUCCGUGCGAGGCGUUCUGAGAAAAGGAAGGAAGGCAGAAAGGCAGGCAGGCAGUCAGUCAGUCAGCCCUCUGGUAUCUCACGCGGCCUUGUGGACUGCAACGGAAAUGGCCGCGUGACGGAGAUACCAGCGCUGUGCCACCCUGCGGCUUGGGCAGCGGACACUUCCGGCAUAUGGCGCCCUGCACCGACUUAAGAGGAGAAAAUAAAGUGCGUCUUCUAAGAA